GUCGCUGUGUUCGUUAAUUCGUUUACGUUAUUAUUAAAGCGGAACUCUUAAAUAAAUCAACUAUCAUAACAUCCUUUAAUUAUUCAGAAAUAUUUCUUUUUUAUAUCAAACUUUUCUUAUUUAAAAAAAAGUGAACCUAACAAGUGGUUUAAAAUUUAUUAAAAAAAAAUUUUUUCUUGAAAAUUAUUUGUUUAAUAGUUGUCUUAAAUAAAAAAAAAGCCGGUUAGCUUAAAAUAAAAGUGGGAAAAUGGUUAAAUUUCUUAAAUUGACAUUAAUGGUUUGUAAUUAUAAUUUUGUUUGGAUUAAAAGGUAAUUUUGAACAGGGUUAGAAAUUAAAAAAUCAGAGUGAGUCAGUUUGAUGACUGAUUACGUUUUUCAAUAGAAAUCCGGACCGCGGUCGGUGUAUCACUGUCGAAACUCGCAAACAAUUCCCCACUCUGAGACUUAUCCAAAAAUUAGUUAUUAGUUAAAUACCUCUUAUCUACAGCAAAGCCAAAACUAUACCUUUACUUACUCUCACUUUUAUAUUCUCACCGCAAAAUAUACAAAAAUGUCUACAUAAUAACAUCAUUUUCUCAUCUUAAUUUGUGUCUUUUUUUCGGGUGUCAAAUAAUUCAUUGGAUUAAAAAAAAGUGAAUAUUAAGUUUUAUAUUCAAUGGGUAAUGAAACUUCAAUUGUUUCCGAUUACAGAACAAUUCAAAUAAACUGCAAUAAUGUGCCUUCAAAAAAUCAAUUUUACUGUAAUCGUAUAUCGACAAAUAAGUACACACUGUGGAACUUUGUACCAAAAAAUCUUUACGAACAAUUUAGACGAUUGACGAAUUUUUAUUUUUUAAUAACAAUUAUCAUUUCACUAUUGAUCGAUUCUCCAAUUUCACCUUGGACGAGUGCUUUGCCAUUGUCGUUCGUCAUUUUUGUCACUGCUUGUAAACAAGGAUAUGAGGAUUUUCUUCGUUACAAAUCAGAUCAACGGGUCAAUUUAACUUCAAUUGAAGCUGUUCGGAAUAAUUGUCUUCAGAAAAUAUAUUGUCAAGAAAUAAUUGUAGGGGAUUUAUUGAAAAUUAAUCGAAAUGAAGAUGUCCCGUGUGAUUUGGUUCUUCUAUAUAGCAGUGAAACGUCUGGUUAUUGUUACAUUACAACGUCCAAUCUUGAUGGAGAAAAUAAUUUAAAGACUUUAUAUGUGCCUAAAAUUUUAUCCUCAUGCAACAUGUCAGAUAUUGUUGGCUUGAAAGCAGUUGUAACUUGUGAGCAUCCACAAGCCGAUCUGUAUUCUUUUCAUGGCAAACUGGAAGUAAAUAUGGAGAGUGAAACAAUAAGUAGAACUCUCACAAUAGACAAUGUUCUUCUACGAGGAUCAAGACUUAAGGACACGGAUUACGUAAUUGGUUGCUGCAUUUAUACUGGUCAGGAUACAAAAUUAUCUCUCAACUCGAAACAAGUUGUAAAUAAAUUUUCCACAGCCGAGAAGUCCAUAAACAGAUAUCUAAUGGUAUUCAUCGCACUUUUGAUAGUUACAUCUUUAAUCUCUGUUAUACUCCAACAAAUAUUUAACUACAAUUCCAAAUGGAUUGCAUAUUUGGGAGAAGCCAAAUUAAAGAAAUUUUACAAAAUCUUAAUUAGCAUACUUAACUUUAUGCUGUUGUUUAACUACAUUGUACCGAUAUCUUUGUAUGUUACUGUAGAAAUGCAAAAGUUUCUUGGUUCCUUAUUUUUCACAUGGGAUCUUGAAAUGUAUGACGAAGUUACUGAUCAAGCACCUCUGUCCAACACGUCCGAUUUAAACGAAGAGCUUGGUCAGGUGGAAUAUUUGUUCACUGACAAAACUGGAACAUUAACGGAGAAUUUAAUGGUGUUCAAGCGCUGCUAUGUGAAUGGAAAUGUUUAUAUGGAAAGAGAUUGUGAUGGAUAUCUCCAUCUUUUGCCCCAAAGUGGAAACGAAAAUGAAGCAGUGAAGCUUACAUCUUGGCAUUCGGUGCUGUGGCACUUUUGGUUGGGUAUUUCACUUUGUCAUACGGUUCACAUAGCGUCACCCAGUCAAACAGCAAAUGCGAUUAAGAAACGAACGGAAUAUCGGGACAGUUUUAAGAUGAAGAAAAUAACAAGAGUUCAUAGUUCUCUUCUUAUGCAUCCGUCAUUGCCAGAAUAUCAGGCAACUUCAGCUGAUGAGAAAUCUUUAGUGGAAGCAAGCGCAAGAUGUGGAAUUGUACUUCUGUCUGACUUUGAGGAUAAAAUAGAAAUUAAAGCUAAGGAUCAAAGACUUACUUUUAAAAGACUGGAAACUCUUGAGUUUACUUCAGAGAGAAGAAGAAUGUCCGUAAUUGUACAGGAUUCUUCAAACGACAUAUGGCUAUAUUGUAAAGGAGCUGAUUCCUCAAUUUUACCGCUUAUUGUUGAAACAGACAUUGAUGAAGUAUCUGCUCAAGUGUUUGAUUUCUCGAUGAGAGGUUAUCGAACACUUGUAAUUGGUUAUAAAAAGCUGGAUGCUUUGGAGUACGAGGAAUUGAUGAGAAAUGUGGAAAAUGCGCGUGAAAAAAUUGGUGACAGAAGAAAAGAUGAUAUUUCUAAAGCGUAUGAUCUUUUCGAAAAAGGCUUGACAUUAUUGGGUGUUACUGCAGUCGAAGAUCGUUUGCAAGAUGACGUUUCGCAUGCAAUGGAAAGUCUCAAAGCUGCUAACAUAAAAAUUUGGGUCUUAACAGGAGACAAAGCGGAAACUGCUGAAAAUAUCGCCUUUCAUUCGGGACAUUUUAAGAAGGGUACCGAGGUCUUGAGACUUAUGAAGGAAAAUUCCGUACAAUCAUGUUUUGCUACACUCAUACACAUUGAAAGGAAAAUCAAAUUAGAACCUCUUGCCAAUUAUGGCCUACUAAUAGAUGGAUCUAGUAUGGCUUUUGCAAUUACUCAUUUUCCAAGUUUGCUGCGUAAUGUAAGUCAAAGUUGUGAAGCUGUCGUUUGCUGCAGAAUGUCUCCUCUUCAAAAAAGUGAGAUAGUGCAUUUAAUAAAGAAUUCUAAAGAGAAACCUAUUACAGCAGCUAUAGGUGACGGAGGAAAUGAUGUUUCAAUGAUAAAAGAAGCACAUAUUGGUAUAGGUAUCAUGGGCAAAGAAGGUCGUCAAGCAACAAUGAGUGCAGAUUUUGCCUUUGCCAAAUUUAAGUUUUUAAGAAAAGCCCUAUUAGUUCAUGGGCAUUGGUAUUAUAUUCGAAUUAGUAAUUUAAUACAAUACUUUUUUUACAAAAAUGUAGUCUUUGUAACGCCACAAUUCCUAUUUGAAAUUCAUAAUGGAUUCUCUGAACAAGCAUUGUAUCACAGUUUCUUUAUGAUGGGUUACAAUGUCAUAUUUACAUCUCUUCCAGUUUUAAUGUACGGUCUUCUGGAACAGAAUUAUUCUGCAAAAACACUCUUACAAUCGCCUCAAUUGUAUAUUCUUCAUAGGAAAAAUAGUUUAUUGUCAACUAAACAAUUUUUAAUUUGGUUCCUAACAGGAAUUUGGCAAGGCUGUGCAAUUUACUUUUUAUGCCAUUUUUACUGGAUAAUAAAUCCGGUAAUUUUACACGACAGUACUUCCGCAGACCAUUGGACUUUCAGUACUUGUAUUUUUUACAUAGUAGUUUUAACAACAAAUAUUCAGAUUUUAUUACACAGUUGUUAUUGGUCUACGCUUUUUGUAUCCAGUAUAGUAUUAUCAGAAGCAGUAUUUUACAUUGCUGCUUUCAUUUAUUGUUCAGUAUUUUUAAACCAUGAUGGAAAGAUUUAUUGGGUGUUUCAUAAAUUAACAAUGUCGCCAACGUUUUGGUUAUUAACUGUUUUGGCCCUUGUCAUUUGCUUAGUACCAGAUAUUUUAAUAGUGGUUUAUAAUACUUAUAGACCUUUGAAGUUGAAGUCUAAAUUUGAUCUCAGUAACCAAUCCAGAGUAAAUAAUGGAUUUGUGUCAUCUACAACAGAUAUUCCAUUACAGACAAGGAACAAUAAUUUUAAUCGACUUCUUAGAUGGAAAGGAAAUUUCUCAAUCAAUAACGGUGCUUGAUAUAAAAAAAAAAAAAAAAAAAAAAAAAAUAAAUAAAUAUAAUAAUUUAUAAAAUAUGUAAAUAAUUCACAAAUAUAAAUGAUACUUUGUGUAGCGUACGAAAUGAGCUACCUUGAUUUUUUUCAAAAUUUUUCAUGAAGCGGUUCAGGAGAUUCAGAUUUUUGAAAAAUGACGUUUUUUAUGUAAUUUUUUUUUAAAUGCUUAUAACUCGGUCAAAA